UCUGCUGUCAUGGAUCUGAAAGUUGCCUUAGUGGCUGUUUGCCUGUUUGCUUUGGCCAUCACCUGCACUGAAGCUGUCAUCCCAAAAUGCUGCAUGAAAACAACAAAGCAUGUGAACAAACAUUGUCUGAUGAAGGUGGAGAAGUGGUACGUUCAGCAGAGCAACGGCGCCUGUGACAUCUCUGCACUGAUACUUUACGUGAAGGACCGGGUGAAGCCCAUAUGUGCUCCUCUCAAGGUGAAGAAGGUCCUGGAGAGUCUGCAGAGGAGAAUAAAGAGACACAAUCUGAGAGCAGCUGUAUGAGUUUUUGAAUGAAAAACCUUAUCUAACUCUGGUGUUUUCCAGUUCUGACGGUGGUUUAUCUUUUUCAUCAAAUACGCAAAGGGCCCUAUACUGAACUGUUACUGAAUUUAAUCUGUAUAUUGUGAUAAGAAAUACUGACAUGUAAACUGGGAUGUGGAGGCUGAUGUUCUGACACAUUUGUACAAACACUACAAGUAAAACAUGUGACACGCAUGUGAUGAAACUUUGUGAGGGAUCUAAAACAAAUACUGUAAUUUAAUGUGGGAAGUGAAAGUAAAAUCCGCUGAUCUGCCGUGACUGAUCCCACUGAGAGAAAAACUGCUGCCAACAACAAAUACUAUAAAGAUGGUUGUAAGGUUUCACUGAGCUCAUUUAUUUGAUUUUUUCUAUUUCUUUCCCAAAUGAGCGAAAAGAGGUGAGAACCUGCAUUUACUGUAACUGAGGAGCCAUUUUGUUUGCUUGGUAUUUUCCUUUUGUGUUUUCAUCUAAGUAUUUUACGCAAAUGCAUUCUUAAUCCAUAUGGACAUUUUACUCCUUUAUCUGUUUGUCUGUU